AUGAACAAGUUCAUGAUCGUCCUUGUCUUGGCCGCCCUUGUGGCUGUUGCCUCCUGCGGGUAUCUCGGCGGGUAUUACGGAGGUCUCGGAGGAUAUGGUCUUGGUGGGGGGUGGGGUGGAUAUGGUCUUGGUGGGGGGUGGGGUGGAUACGGACUUGGUGGGGGAUGGGGGGGUUAUGGUCUUGGGGGAGGAUGGGGGGGUUAUUACCGAGGUGGAUACGGUGGUGGUUAUGGAUAUCGCGGAUUCAGAUCCUAUGGAUGGGGUUGGUAG